GAGACCUGCAGAGCGUCCCAGGAAAGGAACUGAGGGGGAAGUGGUGAGAUCUGAGCCUGGGGAAAAACCACGUUAAUCACAUUUAAUCACAUUCAAUUUUUAUAAAACAUAAAGGCAGUGCAGUAAAGUUGGGUUUUGCCCCCAGCACUCUCCCCAAGGCUGGGAGCUGUUUUCAGCUGGGAAGGUAUACAUCCCUCGGCUAAACCGUGAUUAGUUUAACAAUGAUUUGUGCAGCUACCGCCCUUGGAGUAAUUCCAAAGGCUGGAUGGAUGUGGGACAUUAAGCCAGAAGAAACUGCUUGAGGUCUGAGCCCAAAGUCUGACCUGGCAGGUCCUUUCUGGAAAAACCUGUGGCCAAAGUUUUGCUUGCAAAUUGUCUCUGGUUAGAAAGCCUUGCAAGGGAGAAGCCCCCGGAAACCAUGCAGGGGGAGAAACCCUUCGACCAAAGGCCCCCUCAGGGGAAGCUGGGGAGAGUCUCCACAUGCUCCGAGUGCGGGAAAUCCUUUACUCACCAGUCCCUCCUUUUGAUCCACCGGAAGGGGCACACGGGGAAUGGAUCGCAUCUGUGUUUGGAGUGUGGGAAAUCCUUUCCUGGAGUGUGGGGCUUUGCCAAGCAUCUCAGGAGCCACGCCGGACUAAGGCCCUACAAAUGUGGAGAAUGUGGAAAGUGUUUUGCCAAAGGGUCGGACCUUGGAGCCCAUCAGCGAAUCCACCGGGAAAAGAGGCCUCAGGAAUGCUGGAAGCGCCGCAAAAGUUUUCCUGAGAGAUGGUGUCUUUCUAGGCCUCAGAACAGCCCAACUGAAGAGAAGGCCUGCAAGUGUGUGCAGUGUGGGCUGUGCUUUUCUCAAAAGUCAGAGCUUCUUAAACAUCAGCAAAUCUACAUCGAAAAGAAACCUUAUGAAUUUCUGGACUGUGGCAAAUCAUUUAAUCAAAAAUUGAUCCUUAAAAACCAUGAAAACAUUCACCCGGGAGAGAAACCUUACAAGUGCUGGCAAUGUAGGAAAGAUUUUACUUGCAACUCUCAGCUUCAGGUCCAUGAGAAGGUUUGCGGAGGAAUAAUACCUUAUAAAUGCUUUGAGUGUGGAAAACAUUUUACUCGGAGUUCAUCUCUUCGGAGCCAUGAAAAAACACACAGAGGGGAGAAAAACGAAAAGUGCCUACAGUGUGGGAAAUGUUUUUCCUGGAAAUCAGACUUAGUGCGACAUCAGAGAAUUCACACCGGAGACAGACCCUAUAAAUGCCAAGAAUGUGAGAAACAAUUUGUGGAAUCUUCUAAACUUCGGAUACAUCAGAUGAGGCAUAAAGAAGAGAAAGCAUAUAAAAGUGAAGAGUGUGGGAAAUGCUUUUCCCGGAAGCCAGAUGUUGCUUCAAAGCAGUGUGUCCAGAUGGGCGAGAAACCAUACAAUUGUGUGGAUUGUGGGAAAUGUUUUGCUCAAAAAGGAGGACUUUGGGAACAUCAGAAAAUUCAUACAGGGGAGAAGCCCUAUCAAUGCAUCGAGUGUGGAACAUUUUUUCGUACGAUAUCAGGCCUAAGGCGUCACGUCAAACUUCACUCAGGGGAAAAAAAUUACAAAUCGAUAUCAGGCCUAAGGCGUCACGUCAAACUUCACUCAGGGGAAAAAAAUUACAAAUGUUUAGACUGUGGGAAAGCAUUUGCUUCUUCAUCAUCCCUUAGAAAUCAUAGCCGCCUAAUGCAUAUAGGAGAGACGCCCCAUAAAUGCUUGGAGUGCAAUAAAUGUUUUUCUGGGAAAGCAAUCCUUUUGAAGCAUCAGAGAAUUCAUACUGGAGAAAAACCUUAUCAGUGUCUGGAGUGUGGGAAAUGUUUUCCUUACCAAGAAUGUCUUAAAAACCACGAAAGAAUUCACACAGGAGAGAAACCUUACAAGUGCAUGCAAUGUGGCAAAUGCUUUACUCGCAGUUCAGACCUUGGAGUCCAUAAGAAGAUUCACACAGGAUUAAAACCUUAUAAAUGUGUUGAGUGUGGAAAAUGUUUCCCACAAAACUCAUCUCUUCGGAGGCAUCAGAAAACACAUGAGAAACAUGAAAAGUGCCUAGAAUGUGGAAAAUGUUUUUCCCAGAAAUCACACUUGGUGCGACAUCAGAGAAUUCACAGUGGAGACAGACCCUAUGAAGGCCUAGAAUGUGAGAAACGAUUUGUGAACACCUCUGAACUUCGGAUACAUCAGAAAGGGCACAGAGGACAGAAGCCGUAUAUAUGUGUUUUUUGUGGGAAAAGUUUUACAUCUGCAACACAGGUUCAGAUUCAUCAGAAAAUCCACAUGGGGGAGAAGCCAUUCAAAUGUGGGGAGUGUGGGAAAAGUUUUACAUCAGCAAACCAUGUUCGGAUUCAUCAGAAAAUCCACACAGAAGAGAAGCCAUACAAAUGUGGGGAAUGUGGGGAAUGCUUUUCCCGAAAACAAUACCUUGGAAGGCAUCGGAAGGUCCAUACAGGAGUGAUGCCAUAUAGAUGUGUAGAAUGUGGGAAAUGUUUUACUGAAAAGGCAAGACUUUCAGAACAUCAAAAUAUUCACACAGGGGAGAAGCCCUAUCAAUGCAUCGAGUGUGGAAUAUAUUUUCAUAUGAAAUCAGGCCUCAGACAUCAUAUGAAAGUUCACACAGAGGAAAAAAAUUACAAAUGUUUAGACUGUGGGAGAGCAUUUGCUUCUUCUUCAUCCCUUCGAAAUCACAGCCUACUGCAUAUAGGAGAGAGGCCCCAUAAAUGCUUGGACUGUGAAAAAUGUUUUAUCAGGAAAGAUAGUCUUUUGAAGCACCAAAGAAUUCAUACCGGGCAAAAGCCUUACCAAUGCCUGGAGUGUGGGAAAUCUUUUCUUUACAAAGAAUGUCUUAGAAACCAUGAGAGGCUUCACACAGGAGAGAAACCUUACAAGUGCGGGCAAUGUGAGAAGGACUUUACUUGCAACUCACUACUUUGGCUCCAUAAGAAGAUUCACACAAGAGAGGAACCUUACAAAUGCCUUGAGUGUGGAAAAAGUUUUGCUCGAAAUUCAUAUCUUCAGAGGCAUAAGAAAACACACAACAAGGACAAAAGUGAAAAGUGCUUAGAAUGCGGGAGAUGUUUUUCCGAGAAAGCACACCUGGUGCGACAUCAGAGGCUUCACACUGGAGACAGACCCUAUGAAUGCCCAGAAUGUGAGAAACGGUUUGUGGAGUCUGCUGAACUUCGGAGACAUCAGUUCAGGAGGCACAGAGGAGAAAAACCAUAUAAAUGUGGAGAGUGUGAGAAAAGUUUUACCUCAGCAACGCAGGUUCGGAUUCAUCAGAGAACCCACACGGGGGAGAAGCCAUAUAAAUGUGGGGAGUGUGGGAAAUGCUUUUCCCAAAAACAACACCUUGGAAGGCAUCAGAGGGUCCAUACAGGAGUCAAGUGAUAGAGAUGUGUACAUUGUGGGAAAGGUUUUGCUCAAAAGGGAGGACUUUGUGAACUUCAGAAAACUCACACGGGAAAAGCCCUAUCUAUGCACCAAAUGUGGAACAUUUUUCGUAGUGGAUCAGCUCUUAGAAAUCAUAUGAAAGUUCACACAGGGGAAAAAAUUACAAAUGUUUAGACUGUGGGAGAGCAUUUGCUUGUAAAUCAUCCCUUAGAAAUCCCAGAUGCCUAAUGCAUAUAGGAGAGACGCCCCCUAAAUGCUUGGAGUGUGUUUUUCUGAGAAAGGUGGCCUUUUGCAGCAUCAGAGAACUCACACUUGAGGAAAACCUUAUCAGUGCUUAGAAUGUGGCAGACGUUUUUCCUGAUAAUCAGGUCUUCAGGUGCACAUGAGAAAUCAAACAGGAGACCAAGUUUAUAAGUGUGUAGUGAGAGAAAGCUUUUCCUUGCCAAUCAAAAUUUAAUAUUUGUUUAUUUGUACAUCAUAUUUAUAUAGUCGCCUAUCUCUCACAAAGCAUGCACCAGAGAAUCCAAACUGGAGGAAAGCCCUUCAGCUGUGAACAAUGUGGGAAAUGGUUCUCUCAAAAGCCAGAACGUUCACUCAGUAACAGAAGUGAAAUCCUAUGAAGAUUUGGUUUGUGGGAAAUAUUUUUCAUGAUCAGAAAACCCUCAGAUGCAACAGAAUCACAAAAUAUUACAUCAGAGUCAGGAGUGUGAGGAAUGUUUUGAUCAGGAAGCAGCGUUAAUGACUCAUCAGAGAGUCCACACAGGAGGAAAGACAAUGAGAAGUGUGAGAAAUGCUUUGUAGAGAAUUCAGUAUUAGAGAAACAUCAGAAAGUUCACAAGAGGAAAAGUGUUUAAAUGUUUGGAAUGUGGAAAAUUGUUGGAAGGUCAGUCGGACCUCUGGAGCCACCAAGGAAUCCACAAAAAAGACCCACGUGAAUAGAGUGUGGGAAAUGCUUUUCCGAGACAGAGUAUCUUGGCGUGCAUGAAAGAGUUCACAAGAGAAACCCUGCAGCUGUUUCCAGUGUGGGAAAUCUGUUUCCCAGUUAGAUGCAUGACUUGCACACCAAAGUGUCCCCACGGAACCCAGAAAUGGUUCAGCAAAAAUCACAUUUGUUUACGCACCAGAGGAUCCAAACUGGAGAGAAACCAUACAAGUGCUUGGAGUGUGGGAAAUCAUGUGCUUAACUUAUGUUUGUAGUGUGGAAAAUGUUACGCUGAAAAAUCUCUUAAGAAGUACAAGAAAGCUCAUAAUUCUUGAGAAGUGUGGGGACUUAUGAUGGCUCCCAUUGUUGCAGUUCGUUGGUGGGAAAAUCGAUACUGCCCCCUCCAUUAUCAUGAAUUGUAUAUAGUCUUUUUAUAUACAAUUGCUAUUAGCUAAUUUUAAUCUGUAUAUUUAAAUUUUCAUAGUUUCUACUGCUUUGGAUUUUUACUGUGAGCCUCUUGAUGAGGAUGAAAGAGGAGAGUGCAAAAGGUGACUUGAAACUCAACAUUAAAAAAACUAAGAUCAUGGCAUCUGGACCCAUCAAU